GAAGAGAUGAUGCUCAAGUCCGCGCGAGCAAAAUCCAAAAAUUACGAGGACCGGCAUUGUGCCGCCUCCAGCGAAGAAGAGGAUCUCGCGAAUUGUUUGGUGAUGUUGUCAAACGAAUCAUUUGUUCAGUCGGAUAAGGAGCAGGAAAACACGGACAAACACGUGGAAAAAGGUACGUUCCAGUGCAAAGCUUGUAAGAAAGUGUUCAAUUCCCACCAAGCACUGGGGGGACAUAGAGCCAGUCAUAAGAAGGUGAAAGGUUGUUAUGCUGCCAGAUUCAACUGCAGCACCAACCUCAAUGAUCAGGAUAAUGACAAUAAUUACGAAGAUGCCUUCUACCAACACGAGGAACAUUUGGCUCCGUCAGAAAAUUCUUCAGAGCCAGGGCUUGAUCUUGAUUUCUCACCUCAUCAUGAUCACCUUCCAAAAAAUACUACAUUGUCAAAAAGGAAGUCCAAAGCUCAUCAAUGUUCGAUUUGUCAGAGGGUGUUUUCAUCAGGACAAGCCUUAGGUGGGCACAAAAGAUGUCACUGGCUAACCUCAAACUUACCUGAUAAUACUAUCAUACAGAACUUACGUGAGCUCCAAUUUGAUAGCCAACAACUAUUCAAGAAGCCUAUGCUCACAAAACCCGAGCCACUGCCUCUUGAUCUCAAUUUCCCUCCAUUGCUGAACAAUGCGGUUGAUAAUCUGCACAUGAACUCAGCUGAUGAUCCCCUCAAUCACGAAGCCCCAGCUAGAAUUUUUCUCCAACUGUGGGGUAACGAAGAGGCUGACAACAGUACUAGUAAUAAUAAUCAUCAGCAGAACUAUACUACUAAAAGCGUGGUUCGUGGUUCAUUGCAUGAUGAGGACGAAAGUGCUAAAGAAGAUGGUUAUAGAACGGAGCAGACUGCAAAACUGAGUAAUCUGAAAGAUAUGAAUUUGGAUGGAGGGUCUUCUCGGUGGUUACAGGGGGCCUCCCUCCCUACUGUCAUAUCCAGAUUACAAGAAAACCUCUUCAAUCUUUGGCGUUGUUGUGCGGUGAAAAAAGCCAAAAAAAAAAAAAGAAAAAUGGUGAGACCGGAGAGACACAAAUGUAAGCUUUGUUCAAGGAGUUUUCCGAGUGGAAGAGCUUUGGGUGGUCAUAUGAGGUCCCAUUUGGCCAACUUGCCGCUUCCUCCCAAGACACCGCAAAAACAGGAAGCCAGCAGCCAGCUCCCACCACAGCCCGGUGGUGACGCCUCAACCGAGUCAACAACUUCAUCUGAUUGUUCUUUGUCAGAGGAGGAAGUAGUAGUAGUACAAGUGAAGGAAUGUGCAGCUGAAGAUAAAGGGCUGGUUUAUGGACUCAGAGAGAAUCCCAAGAAGAGCUUCAGGAUGGUAGAUCCUCAGUUCUUGGAUGGUGGUUCGGUGGUUGUUCAAGACAGAGGAAGCGAGACCGAGUCAACUAGGAAACCAACUCGGCAAAGAUCCAAGCGAACUCGGAGAAUGCUUGUGUCUGCUGCUAAACAAGAAGGAGCUGAUGAGGCACUGAUUAAGGAGAAGAAAAUGAUGAAGACAACUGAGUCAUUGUUGGAGUUGGAACAACCGGUGAGUUCGGUCUCUGACACUUCACCAGAAGAAGAUCUUGCUUUAUGUUUGAUAAUGCUUUCUAGAGAUGUUUGGAGGAGGACUAGUACAACAACAACAACUACUACUACUACUACUACUUCAUAUGACUCCGCAGAAGAGUUGAAACUCGUGAAUAGUAGUACUAAAAGGAGGCACAAGAAGCAGAAGAAGAUCAAGAUUAAUAAUAAUGAUUCUUCAUCUGAUCAAGAAGGCGAGUCCUCAGAGGAAUUAGAAUUACCAAGAAAUGGUGUUAGUAGAAGUUGUAGCAUUAAAAAUGUGACGGUGGACAAAAAAGUGCAUGAGUGCCCAUUUUGUGGCAAAGUUUAUGGGUCAGGUCAAGCUCUCGGUGGCCACAAAAGAUCACACUUUUUGGGUUCAUCAACAACAUUAACAACUACAGCUACAGCAGCCACAGCGGCUGAGAGCUUGUUACUGGAAUCGUCAUCAAAUGCUGCUAAAUCUCAGCAAGGUACGUUGUUAAUGAUAGAUCUUAACUUGCCAGCUCCAAUGGAAGAUGAAGACAUUGACGAUGAUCAUCCUCAUGAAAGUGAAGACUUUAAUUUGCAUCAUAGAAGAGGCUUCUGCAGUUUCAGAUGCUGAUUUCACCAAUCCCAUCAACCAUUGACAAUCAACAAAUUUUAGAGAGCCUAUCAGUAUUCCUCCUUUGCUUUUUUAUUUUUAUUUUUUAAAAGCAUUUCCUAUUUUUGAGUUUCUUUGUGGCAAUAUGGUCGAUUCAGUUUUUAUCUAUUUGUAGGAAUGCAUUAACUUCAAAUUGCCAAUGUAAGCUUACUCUCCCUAGUAUCCUUCCAUUGGUAGUUGCAAACGUGCAAUACAUUGCUUUGUUUCGAUAUCUUCACAAGAAAUGUGCAGUUAGUCGCUGUAACUACUGGUGCGCCUGUGGGGCGCACCAGCUAGCUAGUGGGGUUACAGGAGAGCAAGAAAGACUUUGCAUUAUUCUACUGGUGAUUAAUUUCUAUACA